UUUGGACAACAACAAAGUAAUUUCGGAGAACGCGGAAGAGUUCUCUUUGUUUUACGCCGUAUUUUGAUAAGAAUCUACGGAAUCGUACUACAUCGGAUGUUCCAGUAGUUUAUUGUGACCCCGUGCGCAACAUACAGACGGAAAUAUGGACGAGGAGAGCGAGAAAAUCCCGCUCAAGCUGGCCCAGAUAUCGAUCGACAAAUUUAACCAGGCCAUUCCGCAGUAUCUGGCGGUGCUGCUGAAUCAUAAAUGCAACAUCGAAAAGGCUGGCUCGAUGCACCAGUGGGAGAAGGUAAAGCGGGAGCAGCUCAAUGCAGCCCGCAUCCUGAAACAGAUCAAAUCCACGCUCAUGGAGAUCGAUCAGGUGCGGAUGCGGGUGCGGACGAGUGACCAUGACAAAUUCGACGCAGCCAUCGAGCCAACAAAGAAGAGCGCCUUCAACAGCAUGGCCGAGUAUAUCGCUAUGCAGUACUCAUUACGAGAUCAAGCGGCCCGUGAAACACAGUUUGAAGAUGAUGGUGGUGGCAGCACCUCUUCCGAAGGAUACCCACAGUACGGUAGCGAACAACGAAUGGCGCACAUUGCCCCAAUCACCACAAAUUUCGACCGACGGGAAGCGGAAAUACAGCAGCGUGAGGAGUGCCUCCGGCAGAUGACUCACUUACAGCGUGAUAUGGAAGACAUCCAGGAACUGUACCAGAAGGUGCACGUGCUGGUCAACGAGCAGGGCGAAUCGGUGACGAAGGUCGAACAGAACGUGGAACUGGCGCAGGUAGAAGUCGAAGCGGGUGUGACGGCGCUGAGGAAGGCGUUGGAGUACAAGAAGGCCGUGUACCCGUUGGCCGGUGCCUUGCUAGGGACCUGCAUCGGUGGACCGAUCGGGUUGGUGGUGGGACUGAAGGCCGGUGGAUUGGCCGCCCUUGGUGGGGGUUUAGUGGGUUUUGCGAGCGGAAAAAUGAUCAAAAACGUUGACGAAGUCUCGAGAUCACCGGGAGCGGAUGAUGAUGAGGAGGCAAACGAUAGCGCGACGGAAGCGACCACCGGUACACCGCCACCGAACGGUGAAUCAGGAUUCGAGAUAGUACCCGCAACAUCGCGUACCUGACAGUUGCUGAACCUGUGCAGCAUCCAGUAAUUCCGAGCGAGUAAGCGAAAAUACGACGUGCAAGCCACAAACAGCCACACCCAUUCCUUCCGAUAUAAUCCGCUGUAAAUAGGCCACGGCGCUUGAUCGUCUAUUGGAAGCCCUUUCCUCGCUUACGUGCUGAUGAUGACGUAUAGCUGCUCGACGGGUCACGACUAAGUCGGACGAGUCCAGUGCGUAAUUAAACAGUAAAUAUCGUGUUUUGUUUGUUUAAUGUUAAUAAGAAAAUGAAGCUCGCUCUGUUGUUUUAUUCCCUA